AUGAUUGAGCACGGGUUUAAAACGACGCCUGAGAUGUCCAAGAACUUCAAGGAUAUGGAAGGAAAUAUUCGCUACCAGCUUGGUCAAUGCCAGGGUCUUGUGGGCAUUAUGAGUAAUGAGUUUAGCCUGGUUCCUAAACCAGUGGCUAUUCUCAACCGCAUUUACAGCCGACUUGACUCAAUCUUCACACUCUUUGUGGCCUUACGUAUGUGUCGUGAGACCGGCUUGCUACAACAUCACCAGGAAGCGGUAUACGAUGUUCUUCCUUUGCGCCAAGAGCUUGUCUCCACAGUUCUUUUAGACUUGUGGAUGCUUGGCCAAUCCCUUAUUACUCACACCCGAAUGCCACAGUUUUUGCCAUCUACGAGACGCUCGUUGGAAGAACUCAUUGCUGCCAUUGCCCUCAGCUAUGGAGAAAUUUUGAACGAAGAGAGUAUGACAACAGCAGCAUGGCGCCGUACGUACGAUGGACCAUCCGUGCCCCAGCGUACAUUUAAAGAGCCGUUGAACUUGGAUAUCAAUGGUCAUCCUUCCUCGCGCAAAUCGAAUAAAACUGUGGAAGGAACGUUAUAUAUAUUGGCUGAGCACUCUAUUCUUUCUCAGGUGGUAUAUUCGCUUGAGGCAUUACUCCAGCUUAUGCGAUACAUGCUGGGAGAGUUGCGUGUUGUACAUUAG